UACCAUAUCAUAUCCCUUGCAUAACACUCUCAACUCUCAACCAAACAUUUUACUUCUUCUUCUUCUUCUUCUUUCUUAAUAAGCUAUACAUUCAAAUCUCAUCUUCAUAUUAAUAUUAUUAUUAUUAGAAGAUGCCUGCCAUUGCCAUUGCCGUCGACGCCGCCUCACCGGUUUCCGGCCAAACGGUGUGUGUCACCGGAGCCGGCGGGUUCAUAGCCUCUUGGCUUAUGAUCCAAAGAAUCAGCAUCUGAGAGAGUUGGAAGGAGCAAAGGAAAGGUUAACUCUGCACAAAGUUGAUCUGCUUGAUUUUGAAACUGUUAAGUCUGUUUUUCAUGGCUGCCAUGGAAUCUUCCACACAGCUUCUCCAGUCACUGACAACCCUGAAGAGAUGGUGGAACCAGCAGUGAAUGGAACAAGGAAUGUGAUAAUGGCAGCUGCAGAAGCAAAAGUGAAGCGCGUGAUUUUCACUUCCUCCAUUGGAACAGUCUAUAUGGACCCCAAAACCAGCAGGGAUCAAAUUGUUGAUGAAUCAUCUUGGAGUGAUUUGGAGUAUUGCAAGAACACUAAGAACUGGUAUUGCUAUGGGAAGACAGUGGCUGAACAAACAGCAUGGGAAAUAUCAAAAGAGAAAGGAGUUGACCUAAUUGUGGUGAACCCAGUUUUAGUGGUUGGUCCAUUGCUACAAUCAACCAUAAAUGCAAGCACAAUUCACAUCCUAAAAUACCUAACAGGAUCAGCAAAGACAUUUGUGAAUGCUGCUCAGGCUUAUGUCCAUGUUAAGGAUGUUGCAUUGGCACACCUUCUUGUUUAUGAGACACCUUCUGCCAAUGGUAGAUACAUUUGUUCUGAGAGUUCUUUACACCGUGGAGAAGUUGUUGCAAUUUUAGCCAAGUAUUUUCCUGAGUACCCUAUUCCUACCAAAUGUUCAGAUGAGAAGAACCCAAGAGUAAAACCCUACAUAUUUUCAAAUCAAAAGCUCAAAGAUUUGGGAAUGAAAUUCACCCCAGUGAACUUGUGUCUCUAUGAAACUGUCAAGAAUCUUCAGGACAAUGGCCACCUUCCUCUUCCUCCAAAUCACUUUUAAUUAAGGUCUAUAUAUAUAUAAUCAAGUAUAUUAUAUAGCUUUAAGUUAAU